GGCCCUGCUGGGUCAGGGCCACAGGCAGGCUUGGCCUCUGUCUGCAGUAGCCCCCAGUCCUCCAGCCUCACCCAGCACCAUGAGCGGCCGAGUUGGAGACCUGAGCCCCAAGCAGGCAGAGACCCUGGCCAAGUUCCGAGAAAAUGUCCAGGACGUGUUGCCUGCCCUCCCCAACCCCGAUGACUAUUUCCUUCUGCGCUGGCUCCGAGCUCGGAACUUUGACCUGCAGAAAUCAGAGGCCAUGCUCCGCAAGUACAUGGAGUUCCGGAAGACCAUGGAUAUUGACCACAUCUUUGACUGGCAGCCCCCAGAGGUGAUCCAGAAGUACAUGCCUGGGGGCCUGUGUGGCUAUGACCGUGAUGGCUGCCCUGUGUGGUAUGACAUCAUUGGGCCUCUCGACCCCAAGGGCCUGCUUUUCUCAGUCACGAAGCAAGACCUGCUCAAGACCAAGAUGAGGGACUGCGAGCGCAUCCUGCAUGAGUGUGACCUGCAGACAGAGCGGCUGGGGAGGAAGAUUGAAACCAUUGUGAUGAUAUUUGACUGCGAAGGCCUGGGAUUGAAACACUUCUGGAAACCACUGGUGGAAGUGUACCAGGAGUUCUUUGGCCUCCUUGAAGAGAAUUAUCCUGAGACCCUGAAGUUUAUGCUCAUUGUGAAAGCCACUAAACUGUUCCCUGUGGGCUACAACCUCAUGAAGCCAUUCCUGAGUGAGGAUACUCGUAGAAAAAUUAUGGUGCUGGGAAGCAACUGGAAAGAAGAUUUGCUGAAACUCAUCAGUCCUGAGGAACUGCCUGCCCAGUUUGGGGGGACCCUGACUGACCCAGAUGGGAAUCCCAAAUGUUUAACUAAGAUCAACUAUGGUGGAGAGAUCCCCAAGUCCAUGUAUGUGCGGGACCAGGUGAAGACUAAGUAUGAGCACUCAGUGCAAAUCAGCCGUGGCUCCUCACACCAAGUGGAGUACGAGAUUCUGUUCCCAGGCUGUGUCCUCAGGUGGCAGUUUUCAUCUGAUGGUUCAGACAUUGGCUUCGGGGUUUUCCUGAAGACCAAGAUGGGGGAGCGGCAGAGAGCAGGGGAUAUGACAGAGGUGCUACCCACCCAGCGCUACAAUGCCCACAUGGUGCCAGAGGAUGGGAGCCUCACCUGUGCAGAAGUUGGUGUCUACGUCCUGCGCUUCGACAACACCUACAGCUUUGUCCACACCAAGAAGGUCAGCUUCACAGUGGAGGUACUGCUCCCGGACGAGGGCAUGCAGAAAUACGACAAGGAACUCACACCUGUCUAGGCAACUUCCUCACUUCUCAGAGACCCCUAAUCUUCUGCUUUCUCUCUACAUAUCCUACCCUUCCCCCAGAAACUGAUCAUUAGUUCUCCUGGCUCUAACAUUAGUGAGUAGAGAAAGCUUCUGUGGGGAAGACUCAUAUGCUGUGGUCAGAUCAGGAGAGGUAUGAGAGGCAUAGCCUUGGAGGAUACCAAGGUUGCAGAAGAGGAAGAAGCAAGGGUAAAAGCAAGAAGUGGAUGUCACUGAAACCCAAGAAAUAGUAAAGUAAAUCUCCUUGCCUUUGCCAUGACUUCUAAGGCAUUUAUAUGUACUUGAAUUCCUUCGUUAUGAGCUAUAAGCAACUUGGGUUGGAGCUGUAUCUAAAUUAUUUUUACUUUUGCUCCUCAUAGAGUAGACGCUCAGUGUAGCCUUGUAAAGUUAAAAGGAGGUAGGGAGCAGGUGAUUCAUGGAUGUGCAUGACAAGACAGAACAUACCCGGGAAGAUUUCAGCACCUUGGACAGGAACAAAGCCAGGAAAGGGAUGAACUUUCUUAAAGAUUCAAUCAGGUUCCAGAUUUCUGGCAGAGGCUGCC